CUGUGCCAUAAAUUACCCGGCAUCCUUGGUAAAACUGAGGAACAAUCAUGGCGGACAAGGAUGAGCUUCAAUCCCAGUUUGUUGCAGUAACUGGAGUUGACCAGGGUCGAGCCAAGUUCUUCCUGGAGUCGGCACAGUGGGAUUUACAGGUUGCUAUAGCCCACUUCUAUGAUGCAGGAGGAGAUGAUGCCAUGGAAGAAACAAGUCCCCAGGCUGCAGGCACUUCAGCAACCCAACCUGGGGGCAGUGCCAAGGGUGGAAGGUCUCAAGGAAGUUCCAGAUUUGGCUCAGUCGCUGCCUUCAGAAGGCAGGAGUCUGAAUCUGAUGAGGAGGAAGGACAGGCGUAUUACGCAGGAGGGUCAGAACAUGGGGGAGGGCAGCAGAUCUUAGGGCCACCUAAGAAGAAGUCCAAUCCCAACCCAGAUGAUGUCGUUGACAAGCUUUUCCAGUCAGCCAAAGACCACGGAGCUGAAACAGUGGAGCCAGAAGAGGCUGCUGCUCGGCCAAAACCCUUGGCAUUUAAAGGAACUGGGUACAGACUUGGAGCUACAGAAGAGGACACUCAGGUUGUGCAGGGAGAAAGAGAUGCUUCACGACGUCAAGAGAAAACAAUUGCUUUACGGAUGUGGAAGAACGGGUUCACAGUAGACGACGGAGAACUACGAGCGUAUGACGAUCCAGCCAACCAGGAAUUCCUCAACUCCAUCAACAAAGGGGAAGUUCCCCUGGAACUGAUUAGGAUGUGCCGUGGACUGGAGGUAGCCUUGAACCUGGAGGACCAUCGUCACGAGGAGUGGGCCCCGCCCAAGGUCGCCGUCAAAGCCUUCUCAGGAGAGGGCCACAAGCUGGGCAGUCCGACUCCCAACGUCGUGUGUGCGCCCGCUGCGGCCGCAGCUAGCGGUGACAGGAAAACUAAUGAAGCCACGGCACAGAGUAACGUGGGACUGAAGGACUCGGAGCCCACCACUAGUAUCCAGAUCAGGUUGGCCGACGGGUCGCGACUAGUCGCCAAGUUUAACCACACCAACAGAGUCAGCGACGUGAGGCAGUUCAUCGCCACGGCCAGGCCGGAGACGGCGGUCACUCCGUUUGUUCUGAUGACCACGUUUCCUAACAAGGAACUGACCGACGAGAGCCAGACCCUAGCAGAGGCCAACCUGUUAAAUGCAGUCAUUGUGCAAAAGAUGAAGUGAGAUAGGUUGCAAUAAUCCCACUGUAAUAAUAAUAAUACUGGUCUGAACAUGUUGCUUCGGGGUCUAUGCGGAAGAGUAUGGUUAUGGUGUUAAUAUUCUGUUCAUCUUGUAUUUCCUCUAUCCUUCUCUUCCUGCGUAAAGGUACUAUCUCAUGCCAUAGAAUUGCUAGUAUUAACUUAAGUCAUAAAGCUCAGUCACUUUUGAAAGUCGUUGUCACACUAAUGUAAACUUUAACUUGGUAAGGUGCACAGUUUUUGCCAUUGCAGCAUGGAUAAAGAGGGACAUUCAUGAGUACAUGAACUUAUUAAAGAAAUGUAGGAAGUUGUGGAUCCAUUGUGUUAUUUAUUUAUAAUUGAAUCUCCCUGUUUAUUGGACAGAAUUGGCCAAGUAUGAAAUUUUGAAAAGCACAAAGUCUGUGAUGAUGAAUGUAGAUCCACUAUACUGGUAGGUUAUAUUUCAUACAGGAUUCAUGUACACACUUGCCUGUACUCUGCCCUUCAGGCAUUACCAAAAACCACUCCUUUAUGUGGUGAUAAAAUUUAAAAGGCAAUUCUGACUGUAAAGAAUCUGUAUAGGUUCCAUUGACAAUGGUUAGAACCUCUGUUGUAGGGAGAUAUUAACCUGUACGUCGAGGGACUGCUCUUGCUUUUGCAUUACCGGUACAAGAUUCUGGUAAUUCAACAUGUUGGUUCAUAUUCUAUCAUUCAAAGUGGAAGAAUACCUUCCAUGUGUUUGGUGUAACCAAAAGCACAGAAUCCAGACCUACAUGUAACUCAUUGAAUGUGUGUGGAGGAAUAUAGAUUUGUUAAUGUUAUGCCAUAUAAAAUCUAUAAUUGUUCCCUAACUUGUGUCUUUCCUUGGUUCUUUUGUUUCAGAAAAUAUUUUUUUUUUUAAUUUUAAUAAUA